CCUAACGGUCAGAGCUUCAGUGACGGUUGGACUGUGGCUCUGAAGCGAGUGAGAGAAAUAGGAGCAAUCCGACUCAGGAAAAAGCGGAGACAAGGAAUUAAAGAUGUUCAGGAAUAAUGUUUCUGACCAUAAGCUAAAUGUGGAAGCCAUCAUUAAAAACAUUAACACAAUUUCUUUGGAGUUGAAGAAGAUGAAAGAACUGCAUCACAUGCGUAUGCCUACAGCAGCCACCGCCAAGGGGAAUGGGACUCCCCAGACCAGUGUGGACCAGUCAGGACUUACCGCUGGAGCUGGGGAGACGGCCACCACAAAUGAAAUCCAAUUGUGCCACCAGGAAGAAGAGGGGAGCGGCUGUUAGUUAGGCACCAAAUAAGCUCUCCCAGUUACUGCUUUGUGACCUUAUUCUACAUUUUAAUCAUCCUGUGAAGACGGAUGACUUCAAG